AUGGAUCGUGAUCGGUACAGUAUAUAUAUAAGCAAUGUUUCUGAUAUAACUGAUGAAGAUAAUUUAAUUUCAUAUUUUUCACAAUUUGGUACUAUUGAAAGUUAUACAUAUUUUCCAAAAACUCCUCAACGUAAUAGUGCAGCUGUAAUAAUAGCAUAUGGUUUAUCUGUUGAUAUAGAUUCCAUUAUAAAAAAUAAUCAACGAAAAAAAUUUGAUGAUCAUAUAUUAUUUCUUCGUCGUACAUUACCAUGUACACGUCCUGCAUUUGAACGUUUUAUGUCAUCAAAUGAAUUAGUUGUAUCAUUAGAUAAAUUAAAUAAUGAUAAACAAUUUAAUGAAAUAAAUAUUAAAAAAUAUUUUAGUAAAUAUGGUAAAAUUGUAUCAUGUCGAAUUAUAAUUCCUUUUCGAACAUUUUUAAUUGGUUUUAUAGAAGGAAAUAAUGUUGAUUGUGCUAUUCUUGAUGAACCACAUUAUUAUAAUGAAAAUAAAUUAAUACUUCGAAAAUAUAUUUCACCAAAUCGUAUUGAUUUAUUUCGUACACAUAAAAAUUUAUUUGAUAAAAAUAAUAAAAAUAUAAAUUAUUCUUUUUCGGAACAAAUUCGUCGUUUAAAACAUAUUAUCGAAGCAUUACAAUUUGGACAAAAAAUACAAUUAAAUUUAAUUAAAUAUUCUUAUGAUAAUAAAAAAAUUAAAUUUAAUAGAGAACAUAAUGAUGAUAGUAUGAAAUUAUUUAUUCAAUUAAAAAAUAUUUGUAAUUAUAUGAAUAAAGAUAUUGAACAAAUGAAAGAAAAAAAUUCUUUUUUUAAAUUAAUGAUAGAACAAACUCAAGGAAUAAAAAAAAAUAUUAUUGAUUUAUAUAAAAAUAAAAUUAAAAAUGAACAUUAUCGAUUUAAUCAAUUGAAAGAAGUAAUAGAUUUAUUUAAUACUAUUUGA